AUGUCAGGUAUUAGGAAGAGAAUUUAUGUUGGCAACAUCCUCCAGAAUGAGCAGAGCUGUCUGAAAGAGCUACACGGUCGGUUCGCUAAGUUUGGUAGAUGCCUAAGCGAUGAGUUUGAGAAACAUGACAGUUAUGCUUACAUAAAUAUGGAUUUCGAUGAUGAAAGCCAAUUCCAGCGCUUGAAAAAGAGUUUUAACAACGUGAAGUUCAAAGGAAACGAGCUCAGGGUGAACUUAGCGAAGCCUUCCUGGAAGGAAACAUGGCAGCAGAGGCAUAAAGAGGAAGAAAUGCAAUCUCGAAGGAUGGAUAAAGUGAACAGAAAGAGGGAUUGGGAGUACUAUAAGAAAAUUGAGAAUAUAGGCAUGAGCUGGGAGGACAGAAGGUCACUGAUCCCUGGACGUGUCAGGAAAUCUCAACGACGUAAGGCUCAAAUGCGCAACAUCACGUUCAGAGUGAAUGUUGGCGGAUCUUUGAAGGUUUAUAAAUGCUAUAAAACCAAGCUAUGGGGUUACGAAAGAGAUAAGGACUUGAAGGACCUGGUAUUCAAGUUUGUAAACGACAAAUGGCGCGACGGCUGCGAUCACAUUGUUGACAGACUGGAUUAUGGCAGAUCGAAGAGGUCUGUUCUGUCAAUACUCGAUCUAAAGCCACUGGAGGCACACGUUGCAGGUGCAGAUGAUGUGGAAGCAGAAGAGGAAAAGAAGGAAAAGGAGAAGGUGAAGGAUGUUUUGACCAGCGUGCUGAGGGAUUUCGAAUUCGAUAAGCCCCUGCAGUUGAGCGAUGAAGAAGACUUCAGCAUGUCAAGUAGCAAGCCGACAAUGAACCAGAAGCACGGGUUGCCUAAAAGAGGUCAGGAAGAAGAGCCAAACCUGCCGAGUGAGCCAUCACAAGAAGAAUUUUAUCAAAAAGAAGGCGAGAAAGAUGAAGAUGGAGACGAUGAAGAGUUUAUUCCUACAUUUUCUGCACAGAAGGAUGCGCCGCCGGAACAAACAGGUUCUGGUGAGAUCAGCAAUACUGAGACACUACGUAACCUUUUCAACCCAGAAUCGAACGACCCUACGUCCUCUUUCAAACUGAUCGCUGAAUCUGACGAUGAUAUCGACCACAAGAACGACGAGGAAUUUAAAGAAAUAACAGCAGCUCCGCAGGAAGUUUCAGAGGAAGUGCGAUCCCUGCAGAAUAAAGAAAGGCAGCAUCUCUUCUUCCCACACUUCAGCUCACCUUUCCUUGUAGGUCAAACCAAAUUAAGCAAGCUGAAAAGUAGUGAUAUCAGUGAAACACUAAGCAACUGGGAUGAAAUGUUCUGGGAGAACAGAGGCAUCUGGACUAAGGAGAUGAAACGCAGGCAGCGAGAUGCUCUACGACUACUAAAUAAGAAAAGGGCCAAAAAGAAUGGCGGUAUAUUGCUUUAG